AUGUCAGAGGCCUUCAAUUCUGUAUUUGUGGCUGCUAGAUCCAAGCCCAUUGUGACAGUGAUAGAAGAAAUUAGAGUAUACAUAAUGCAUAGAUGGGAAUCCAAUAGGAAAAAUAUCACCAAAUACGAUGGCAUCAUACUACCUAACAUCAAGAAGAUGACGGAAAGAAAGUCACAAAAAACCAAUCAUUGGAUUGUGAGGUGUGCAUGUGAAUAUGACUAUGAGGUGAAGAAUACUUCAGUCAAUGGAGAAAAAUAUGUUGUCAACCUUUACAAGAAAGAAUGCUCAUGUAUACUAUGGAUGUUGUCUGGACUUCCUUGUUGUCAUGCAAUGUCUUGCAUGAAAGAUCAACAUUUGGAGAUUGAUGACUCUGUACAUGAAUGUUACAAGAAGGAAUAA